AUUUCAAUAAAAAUUGUUAGAAUUUGAUUCCUUGGAUUAAAUCAAACAGACAAAAAUACUUCGAAAAUGAGUUCUGAUGGAAGCAAUCAUUCUUUUCCGCGUGAUCACUUUUCUAAUGGACGCGUUAUCUCUUCUUAUGGUCACGAUCACUCUUCAAAUGGUCGUGAUCUUCCUUCUAAUGGACGCGAUCACUCGUCUAAUGGUCGCGAUCACUCUUCUAAUGGUCGCGAUCGUUAUGCUGAUGGACGAGGCCGUAGAGGGGGAGGGCAUAGCAAUGGAAGAAGUGAUUCUAAACGUCCAAGAGACGAAAGUGAAAGUGGCCCAUCACACAGACCUGACAAAGUUCAGAGAAACGGCAAUCAACGUGGUGGUGGGAGGGGAGGAAGAGGAGGAAAAAGACGUGAAGAAUUUUUCAACCAAGCUGAAACACGCCCCAAAAAUCUCGAGUCAAAAAGCGGAGAAGCGGAAGGACAGAAGAAAGUUUUAGUAAAAGCAAAUUACUUUCGAGUCCGUAAAACUGGAAAUUUCAAUGUGACAUCUUAUCGUGUCGAUUUCGACCCGGUAAUUGAAAUUCCAUUUGUCCGUAACAGCUUAAUUCGUGCUGUCAGAGAACAGAUUGGAAACUACAUCUACGAUGGCGCCAAUCAAAUCUAUUUAACAAAACCUUUCCAGCAAAAAGAAGUUCAAUUUGAAAGCACUUCAGCAGAAGGACAAACAAACACCAUCACCAUUCGUAGUCCUCGUGACAUUCGAUUCACUGAAUCGGAGUUUCUUCAAGUAAUGAAUCUUGUUAUGAAAUCAGCAAUGCGAGGUUUAAACUUGCAGUUAGUCGGUAAAAACUUAUAUGACGCUGCUGCAGCUACCACAAUUCAUAACUUAAAACUUCAAAUCUGGCCCGGCUAUACUACAUCAAUUCGUCAGCAUGAACAAGACCUUCUUUUGAACUGCGAUAUCAAUCAUAAAUAUAUGAAACAAAGAACAGCAUAUGACAUUAUCAAUGAAAACAAGAGAGAUCGAGAUGUAGCUACGAAAGAAAUUAUUGGUAGCACAGUUCUUACUGAUUACAAUAAUAAAACGUAUAAGAUAAGUGACAUUGAUUGGACACAAAACCCUUCAUCGACAUUUGAAAGACGCGAUGGUCCUUGCACUUACAUCGAUUAUUAUCGACAGACUUAUAACAAAAAUAUUCGUGAUCCUCGUCAACCACUUCUCAUAGUGAAAAACAACAAACGAGCAAUUAGAAUUGGACAACCGGAACUGAUUUCUUUAAUUCCUGAACUGUGCAGAAUCACGGGAUUAACUGACAGAGAACGAACAAACUUUCACAUGAUGAAAGAAAUUGCACAGGUGACAAGAUUAUCAGCUCGCCAAAAAGUUGAUCGUCUUGAAACUUUCAACAAACGGUUGCAGCAAACGCCUCCAUCAAUUGAAGCUUUUCAACGCAACGAUUUGGUUCUUGAUCGGCAGCUUGUAGAAUUAGAAGGACGACAGUUGGCAGGCGAAAUAAUUCAUUUGGGCAGAGGAGCUGAAUUUAAUUUAAAUCAGGGAAGGGACAUUUCCGACUUCACGAACGCGCUGCAGAAUGGAAAUCAUAUGUACAAAUGUAUGAAACUUACUCAAUGGUAUUUUGUUUAUCCACAACGUUCUCAGAAUAGUGCUCGAGAUUUCUUAAAUGUUAUGCGAAGAAGUGCCAUCGAUAUGGGAAUGGAGAUCAGCAGUCCAACUGAAGUUCAAUUACCUCGUGAUGAUAAUCGAACUUAUGCUGCGGAAUUAAGAAAAAUUCUUUCAAACGAUCCCAGAUUCAUUAUGGUCGUCAUGGACAACAAACGAGAUGACUGUUACAGAACCAUUAAAACAUCAACUUAUUUGCAAAACAAAUUGGUUCCAAGUCAGGUCGUUACCAGAAAAACUUUGGAUCAUAAAAACAAACGAUCAAUUGCAACAAAAGUUGCUAUUCAAAUCAACUGUAAACUCGGUGGAAUACCAUGGAAAGUUGAUUUGCGACUUAAGGGCUUAAUGAUUGUUGGCUUUGAUAUCUCCGAAACGAAGGGAAGACAUUCUUAUGGAGCUAUGGUUGCUUCUCUUGAUGCUAACAAUGAUGGCGGACAAUAUUUCAGUGCUGUUAAUGAACACAAUAAUGCCAAUCAAUUGUCAACUGAUUUUGGAAACAAUUUCAUGGCAGCAUUGAAACAAUACAUGAAUGAUAAUGGAGCAUUGCCAAAACGUAUUUUGAUCUACAGAGACGGAGUUGGUGAUGGUCAAAUUCAGCAUGUCCUUGACCAAGAAGUUAACGACAUCAUGGGAAAGGUCACAAAUGUAUACAGCCAAGUUCAAGGAUCAGGUGAGCCUAAAGUUGGGUUUGUCAUUAUCAACAAACGAACCAAAACAAGAUUCUUCAAGCCAUCUCCGAGGAAUCCAAAAGACUUUGAAAAUCCUGGAGCUGGAUUUGUUGUUGAUAAUGUUGUGACACUUCCAGAACGCUACGACUUUUAUCUCAUCAGUCAGAAAGUGACUCAAGGAACGGUUUCUCCAACAUAUUACAAUAUUGUCCAUGAUGGAUUCUACCCAGGAAGACCGCAAGUCAUGCAACAAUUGACUUUUAAACUUUGUCAUCUCUAUUACAAUUGGAGUGGAACUACAAAGAUCCCAUCAGUGGUUCAAUAUGCAAAGAAACUUGCAUUUUUGGUGUCACAAAGUCUUCAAGGCAGUCCAAUUGUUGAUAACAGCUCACAACAACUUUACUUCUUGUAAAUGAAGCAUUCAAGAUUUUGAUUUUAUUUCUUUUUUAUUAUUGAUUACCUACAUUAAUUAUUAAUUUCUCAUGUUAUGAGCAUUGCAAUUAUUCACAAACAUUUGUAAUAACAAUUUUCUUAUCUGACAUAAAAUAAAAAUAUUUUUUGAAUUUUAAACGUAAGAAAUGCA